UUGCGUUUUUCUUUUGUUUUUUAUCCACUGGGCGUGGAAACCUGUAAUUUGGUAACAAAGUGGGCCACUCUGAGUUAGAGGAUGGAGAAAAUCUAGUUCAGAUUUGAGGUUAGUUAAACCUAUACACAAACACAGAAAAGCCUGUCUGCCUCCUAAACCUCAACUCUAAAACCCUCUUUGCCCCUUCUCUCUCUCUCUCUCUCUCUCUCUCUCUCUCUCUCUCUCUCCAUUCUAAGAGAUUAAACAAACCAGACUACAUCUUCUGUUACAGACACCCAGAAACUGCUUAUGCUCCUCAACAAAGCCCAUUUGGGGUCUCUAUGCUGCCGAGUCCUCUUCGCAAACUUGCCCGUGAAGAAUUUGUAUCUUGUUUCCUCAUCAAUUUCCGACUUUCAUAUUACAACAGCAAAUAUAAUUGUGAUAUAGGUCCUUUUAAAGUUGAUAUUAGCAACAGAAGAAACUACUCAAGCCAGGUUUUAUUGGAUCCAUUAGGUGAAGAGCAACCUGUAAAUUCUCAAAUCUACAAUCAUUCCUGUACAAGAGAUUCAAGUAGUCCUUAUAUAUCGAUUCUUCAAUCCAGUAGUCUUCAGCACAGGUUCAAAAAAUGGCAAGAUCAAAGAAAGCAUAAACUGACGGCAAGCACUUUCAGUGGGGCUAUUGGUUUUUGGCGUGGUAGGCGAGUCCAGCUCUGGUUAGAGAAACUUGGUGCAAAAGAACCAUUUUCUGGUAACAUGGCUACCUGUUGGAGCAAUGCCAAAGAAGAGGAAGCACUUGAAAGAUAUAAGUUGAUUACAGGAAAUACAAUUUUGUUUCCCAGAUUUCAGGUCUAUGGUAAGAACAACUUAAAAGAUGAUUGGCUUGCAGCUUCACCUGAUGGGAUAAUUGACAAGUAUUAUGGGUUGAAUUCCAGAGGAGUGUUAGAAAUAAAGUGUCCAUUUUUUAAUGGAGAUAUGAAAAGGGCUUCACCUUGGAAGCGGAUCCCCCUUUAUUGUAUUCCACAAGCUCAAGGUUUAAUGGAAAUACUGGACAAGGAUUGGAUGGAUUUCUAUGUUUGGACUCCUAAUGGAAGCAGUCUAUUCAGGUUAUACCGAGAUGAGGCAUACUGGGAUGCUUUGAAAAUAGCACUUUCUGAUUUCUGGUUUAACCAUGUCCUACCAGCGAAGGAGUUGUGCAGUAAAAAUGUGAUAACAGAUCCCCUGAAGGAAUUAGGAUCAUUGAAGCCUGCGCCUAGGCAUGAAUUGUAUAGAUAUAUAGUUUAUGAAAGCAAACAUGCUGUUGAUAGCUCUCACUUACUGAUGCGUGAAAUUAAUGGGCACCUUCAAAAUUGAUGCAAUAGGACUUGAUGAGCCUAGGCAUUUCGCUACAGUUUGACUAGUGAACUUGUGUGUAUUGCAUCUUCUCCACUCCAGAAUCUUCUUCUUCUUCUUUUUCCCUAUUAAAUAGAAGAACUACGAAAUUUGGCCAGAAAGCUAGGAACAAGGUUAAGUAGUUUGAGUGGAGCCAGAUUAGAGAAACUUGGGUUGUUAACAGCAGCAGCUUGUCAACUGUGGUAUGAAGAUUUGGUGGCGUGUCUUCUCUGGACAGACACUCAAACAGAGGCACACAUUGAGAGAUGGGAGUUACCAGAUGGCUACGUUUAUACUGCAAAGGAAGUUUUAUAGCAUGGCUGGAAGGUUGCUAAACUUUUCUUGAUGAUCAAAUGGCUCAGAGAAUCAUCGGUGCUGAAGGAACCCUUUGUUUCGCCAACAGAUAAGUCAUCCUUGAUGAUUUAUAUUCCUUCCCUGCUCAACCGCCUCUCAUUGCCAUUUGAAAGCUUCAAAAGAUUUGUUGAAUGCUCCUGUUCGGAUGUCAUUUCAUAAUCCUCAUGAAAGCCUGAUAUAUAUGUGUGAUAUCUUAGUGCAUUAAUGGAAGUGUACUUGUAUCAGUGUCAGUUUCUUGCUACCUUGAAACCACAUGAUUUACUAAAAUAACAGACAAAACCAUUGGAUUAUGAAGGGAUUUAAUAUGCAUUUGCUUAAACAUGGUAACCAAUCAAACAAUGAGGCUUGGAUAAUCUGAUGCAAGUGUCAUCCUUGAUCUCUACCAAAAUGAAUUUAUGCAAGACAGAGAGUCUCCAUUUCUUGUGUCAUAAUUUGCUGCAUCUAGUAUGACAUAGGGUAGCCAUUUGGUUAGAAAUUUGAUACAUGACAGUGAUAGGAUAAAAUGGGAUCAUGAUUUUUGGUGUUAGGGCUUCAAAAUACAUAGUUGUAAAUCCCCCACCCCUCAUCUGAUCGAUAAAUCCUUACUAGGUUUUAGAUUUAUUAGAUAAGCAAUUGAAUAAGAAAACCUGACUAAUCCAAUCAGAUUUUACAUCCAGCAGCUGACUUAAUUAAAACAACUAGUCACCAUACAUUACAUUACAAUAGACUAUGAUGUGCUUGCAAAUAUCACAACAAUGAAAUACGAGAUAUAAAUGAAGAGAAGACGAACAUGCAGAGAAAUUGUGAAGACUGAGAUCAAGAAAAAAGUAAUAUUUGCCCCAAGUUUACAACAAGACUCGACCCAAAAACAAGACCUGCAGGUUAGCUUUGCUUCAGCGGCAGCCUCUGUAUAUGUUUAUCUGACACAAAUUUUGGCGGAAGACAUGGAAGCUCCAUAGACUGAUCAGAUCAACAAGGGGGUUGAAAAAUCCUGGACCAUGGGACCAUAUCCCAGUGCUGGGAACACAUGGGGGUCCUGAAAAUGCAAAAUGUGGAGUGGUAAUACUCGAGGGGUGGAGAGAUCAUGAAACCAAGAACAGAGGAAGAAGAAGAGGGUGGUGAUAGGUGCCAUGGUUUUGAGCUUGCUACACAGGAAGCUUGGUAUUGGAGCUUGCUGGUCUUUUUAUAAUCUUGAUUCGUUGCUUUGUUUUUGGAUUUCAAACAGGCAUAAAGGAAGUCGUAACGGCCAUUGAGUCUGAUAAUCCAAAAGUAUAUGCAUGAAAAAGAAAUGACAAGUGUGCAUCAAUUGCCUUGUCUCGUGUUGGGAGAAACCAUGAUCUUCUAUGCAUGUCAAGGCUUUUCCAAAGUAUUGCAGCCAAAGAAAGGGUGGGACAGUGGGUGAUUUGGACCCAAGUGACAUUAUGUCACGAAAAGAAAGAGAAACAGGCAUGCAAUAAAGAAGCAAGCACUUGCUUUCACUCUGUUGUCAAAUAGCUCAAGAAAAUUUGACUUAGAAGCAACCCCUUUUAUGAAAGCCUAGAUUCAUCAUGCAUGUUGUACAAUUGUCUAAGAAGUUGAGCUUUAUUGCUUUGAAAUGGCUAUCUUAGAAAGGAUUCAUGUGUGGCAAGGAGCACUAACUCAACCAUAAUCAAACUGGGGGAGUUUAGAGACUUUGGAAUUAA